GUACCCAUUUCCCAGCAAUUUUGUUUACCAUGUUUUAAAAAACUUUUAGGUGUUAUAUUUUUUUGAAUACCUACAUAUUAAAAUGAAACCAGAAACAGAUUAUGCAGAAAAAAUAAACGAAAUUUCAAAACAGUUUUUGUGCGUAUACCCAUUAAACAAUUUUAAUUGGCAGAAUAUUUUCAAUAUAUUUUUGCUAGAAGAUGUACAAGAGCUACUUCUAAAUAAGACUGUUAAUUCAGAAUUAGUAUUAAAAUAUCCAAUUCAAAUAAAGUAUCAAAAAUUAUUCUUAAAAUAUAUUUUGGAUAAAUUGGAAAGCCUACAGGCUGCCUCAGAAAUAGAUUUAGAGGAAUCUACAAUUCACGACGACCUAUAUUCGGCGUACGGCCGCUUGGUAGCAGCAGGGGACAGUGUGGAAAAGAAUUACAAACAUUACUCAUUGGGUAAGGAGUACAAGGUCAUUACCUUGAAAGAAAGUAAUAGUUUGAUAUCAGAUGGAACGACGGGACUGAGAACCUGGCAGGCUUCGCUAGCAUUAUCCGAGUGGAUAAUUCAAAAUAGCAACUCAUUUAAACAGCAAACUGUUUUAGAAUUGGGUUCAGGGGUUGGUCUUACAGGAUUAGUUUUAAAUAAUGUUUGUCAAACAAAAACCAUAUAUCUUACGGAUUGCCAUGAAGCUGUGUUAAAAACUUUGUGUGAAAAUGUAAAGCUAAACGUUAAUGGAAGUCACCUUGAUACCACAGACGAUAUUGAGAGUCAUAAUGACUGUAGCGGUUUAAAAAACUGCUGCGUUUAUAGCAAUACUGACACUUCCACUAUAUCUAUCUUAAAUUUACCAUGGGAAAAUGUUACGCCCAGUAUAUGCAAAGAUCUCGGAGUUAUAGAAAAAGUUAUAGCAGCCGAUAUUAUCUAUGACAAUGAUCUCUUUCAAUCGUUAAUUAACGCUAUGAAAUGUCUCAAGGAAUAUUGUGGGGUAGAAGAAUUCAUUUUUGCUUGCACGGAAAGAAACUCAGAAACUUUGGAAGAGUUUUUAAUGUUAACAAAAACAGUAUGUCCACGUAUAGUUGAGCUUCCUGUACCACUUCAAUCGAAAUUUCUUUGGCCAACAGACACGCCAGUUAAAAUUUUUCAAUUCAAGGACUGAAUAAUUAAAGCUAAUUGCCGUCAAAAGAAUAAGUAAUGUUUUAUCAAUCAAUAUCACUUGCUUUAAUAAAUUUGUUAUGGAUA